CAUCCUCUUCCAUCUAUUUACCUAUCCAUUGCAAUCACGCUCUUCUCCUGGGGCAAUUGACUCUUCUCUCUCUAUAGACUCAAUUGAGCAAUCAGACACUCUCAGCAUGGCCCCCCACAACCGCUACUCGGUCAUCCUGCCCACCUACAAUGAGCGCCAGAACCUCCCUGUUAUGUGCUGGCUGUUGGAGCGCACCUUUCGCGAGAACAACCUAGACUGGGAAAUCGUGAUCGUCGACGACGGCUCCCCCGACGGCACCCUCGAAGUCGCCAAACAGCUGCAACAACUCUGGGGCGAGAAACACAUCAACCUGAAGCCGCGCGAGGGCAAGCUCGGCCUAGGCACAGCCUACGUGCACGGUCUGAAGUACGCGACCGGCAACUACGUGAUCAUCAUGGACGCCGACUUCAGCCACCACCCCAAGUUCAUCCCGAUCAUGAUCGACAUCCAGCGCCAGACCGAUGCAGACAUCGUCAGCGGCACGCGCUACGCCAGCCGCGGCGACGUCAAGGGCGGCGUGUACGGCUGGGAUCUGUUCCGCAAGCUGACGUCGCGCGGCGCGAACCUUAUCUCUGAUGUGGUGCUUAUGCCUGGUGUGUCGGAUGUGACGGGGAGCUUCCGGUUGUAUAAGAAGAGUGUGUUGGAGAAGGUUAUCUCCAGUACCCAAAGCAAGGGUUAUAGUUUCCAGAUGGAGAUGAUGGUGCGUGCUAAGGCGAUGGGGUUCAAGGUGGCGGAGUGUCCGAUUACGUUUGUGGAUCGCUUGUAUGGGGAGAGUAAGCUGGGCGGGUCGGAGAUUGUCGAGUAUCUGAAGGGGGUGUUUAAUCUGUGGUUGCGUGUUUGAUUUGCCUUUCUUCUUUCUCACUUUGGUCUUGUUGCAUGUUCGCCCUCCCCCCGAUAACUGGCCCAUAUACUAUACCCGU